AUGAUGGCUACUGAGAAACAGGACUAUACAGGGGUUGGAGGAGGCGGGCCAGCACCAGCGAAAUUCUCGCGGUACCGCUCCGUGAGAAAGGCCGCAUCGAACAACCCCCACGGACUGAACCCUCUAAACACCUCAGUACCACCCGUACCUACCUACCAAAGCGCAUCUGCGAAUGUAUCCCAAAUUGCUCCGGAUUGGACGAGCGGGUCUACUACAACGGUCAAGAAGAGCAUGUCGCGCUAUCGACGCCAGAAGCCUUCUACUCCCAAUUCAACCUCCGAUGCGCCUCCGCCUCUUCCAACUUCACCGGAACAAUACACGGCUUCUAAGACGGACCCAACGACAAGAUAUCCUGAUGAUUAUCCCGCCCCCCGUCCGUCGAAAGACUCGUAUAGACCUGAUUUGACGAAGCCGCGGGGAAGAUUCAUGGACACAAUGAGGAUUGACACACGCGGGAAGGGCAUUUUUGGAGCCACCAGCAACAUUUCAAGCGAGUCGGAGCAGGAGGAGCGCGAGAGAGAUAGGCAGGCGGCUAUGGAUCGCUUGACGGGUGGAUGUGGGGAGUCGCCGGCGACACCCUCCAGCCGUCAAAGACCAGCCACUCGAGGACGAGCCGCAACAGAUCGCGAGGCCCCGAGAGUGACUGACAUCCGACCCGCAGCUGACAAGGACGCGAGUCGGCGCCAUUCGCACAAUGAACCUAAGCGCAAAUCUUUCAAGGACGCGAUGAAGUUCUCCCGCCCAAAGGGCAAGACAAGCCAUGGGCCUGGAAGUGCAACCGAAGCCAACGCCGCAACCAUAUUUCCCGGAAUCGAUGCCCCAGUUUCAGCAGUCAACGCUGGCGAGAGAACUGUUCUCGUUCAGUACAAGAAAUAUUCUCUGAAGCUUAGUGUUAGCCCAUCAACGUCUGCUCAUGACAUUCUAACGUCCGCUUCGCACAGCGUGCCCGAAAUCGAACCUUCCCGCUUUAUACUCAUGGAAUCUUUUACCGCGCAAGGCCUAGAGCGACCUUUACGGCAGUACGAAUGUGUCCGAGAUGUGAUGAACUCGUGGGCUCAUGACGCGGAAAAUUCUUUGAUCAUUGUUCCAGGCCCGAGUAUGGAGGCACUUGAUUUCUUAGACUCCAAGUCUGUGCCAAAGAACCCCCCAGCAGACGUGACCUUUCACAUCUAUUAUUCCCAGAAGCCGCGAAAAUGGGACAAGCGCUAUCUCACAUUACGAUCGGACGGACAGAUCACUCUGUCGAAGAAAGACAUGGCGAAAGACCAGACUAAUGUUUGCCACCUUUCUGACUUUGACAUUUACUCCCCUACCCCGACCUUCCUCUCGCAAAAGAUAAAACCGCCGAAGAAGAUUUGCUACGCCAUCAAGAGUCAACAGAAAUCGAGCAUGUUCCUUACAACCGAGAAUUUUAUCCAUUUUUUCGCGACAAAUGAUAAAUCGGUCGCCGAUGGUUGGUAUAGGGCCGUUCAGACAUGGCGCAGCUGGUACAUGGUCAACACCUUGGGUGCGGGUCAAACCGACAGCAGUAGUGAGCGAAAAGCAAGCAUCAGUCGAAUUCAAGAGGAGCCCUCUCAAGUCCGAACCUUCAAGCCUCUCUUAGCCACCAUCGACACUUACAGUAGUGAGGAGAGUGAAGAGCCCCUAGCCGCACGCUCCAGGAAACGGCAACCUUCUUCGCGUGAAAGACCAUCCCGAGAACAUGGGCCCCCGCCUUCGUCCUUUCCCAAGUCCCUUGAAACCGAAUCACCUACCGCACAAUUAUCCGAUGAAAAUCCUUUUUCGUCAUCAGGGCUGCUGGGACGGACCUAUACUCUGCGCCAGAAGGCGAUGAAGGAGCGGGAAGACCGGGAAAAGAGGGAAGCGGACGUAUUGUUCAAUCAAGGCCUAGUUGGAGGGGCAUUGAACCGCCAAUUCAGCGCCUCGCGGCCUGGUAGUCGAUCUAAUAGCAUGGCAUCAGCUCAAGUACCUGAUUUGGAUAUCCUCUUGAAGCGAUCCGGGUCGAUCAAGCAAGGCAAACCGCUUGUUGACCUGACGCCUGUCUACCAAGAACCUCCACAGCACACACGAAAAGGAAGAGGCGUCACCGUUGACUCAGGUGCGCCACUGAUUGAGGCUGCUACGGGACCUGAAGCAGCCGGCGGUAUCGCGAUUCCCCCAGCGAAGACCUGGAGACGACCUACAGCACCUGCAGAACCUCCCUCCAGUAUAGAGACCCGAACCCGCAACCGAUCCAACACGGCCCGCAGCGCCAGCAGUCGCUAUCGGCACCCUAACACACUAGCCACAGCUGUAUCUCCGGUCUUGCCUAACGAUGUAGCUCUCCCAGAAGAGCAAGGCUUCGUUGCGAACAGUCUUCUCGCUCGGACGGGAACUGGAACUCUUCCUCCUGCAACUGGCGUGCCACUGGGACACGGAGUGGCCACAGGAGACCGCAACGCCACGAAGCCAAUGUUGGAUAUGGCACCCCAGAGCCCAUUCGCAGAGGGAAGUCUGUUACGUGGGCUGUAA